CAGGACACAUGGGAAAUAUUAUACACUGUCACCACAAAGACUAUCAAACGCUUGGUAGCCAUUUACCAAAUUAAGAUACAUAAGUACGAUUAAAAUACAUGUGUUUAUAAAUAUAAAUAUAUAAAGCUUUAUUUAUAUUUGUAGUCGCUCCUCCUAGUACAUGUUUGUCUUGACCGUUUCUCUUCCGUCAGUUCAAUUCCGUAAGAGGAAAGCAUGGCGUCGGGUCAUGUCAGUAGGUUGUUUAACCGAGUUAGCAGAAAUAUAAGACAAUUUAGAGCUGGAACUUUUCUGUUUUCUCAUAAUAAAUCUACUGUUGGAGGUUCAUCCAUCGACGAUAACAGCAAUGUGAAAAUCGGAGUGACGUCUGAUGGCAAGACAAUAGUAUGUUUCCACCCGUCGGUAGACGUACCCUAUGAACUCACACAGCCGAUUCCCAGACCAAAUGCCAUCAGCGACCAGACCGAGACACACGAGCAGGUGCUCAAAGCUCGACUCGGGAAAGAGGUUUUAAAUAACAAACAGGCUCCAACCAUGGAGGAACUCAGCAAGAUGUUCUACACCACCAAACACCGCUGGUACCCAGUCGGACAAUAUCACACAAGACGCAGAAACCGAAAUCCACCCAAAGACCGAUAGUUCUGGAUAGUUCUCCAAUAUUUCUGUUUAGAAGAGAAUCCUUUUUACAUACACUGUUGUGCAUUAAAUAAACUUCUCCUUCCGCUA